AUGAAUCAAUUAGGUUCUUUAGCUCAAUUCGCAAGUUUCACUCAGAAUUUAUCUUUGGAAAACAUCAAAAAUGAACUUUCUUCUUUCCAAUCGAAGUUAGCUAGCAUUAGACCACCUCAAGAGUUUUUCAAUGUUAAGAACUUCUCUAACCCAAAGACUUUUUCUGAAGUUCAAGCUAGAGUUUCUUACAAUCUGAGAUACUAUUCUACAAACUAUACAAUCAUCAUUGGUUUAUUAAGUAUUUAUACACUAGUAACUAAUUUGUUAUUGUUAUUUGUCAUUAUAUUUUCAGUAGCUGGUGUUACUGGUAUCAGCAAAUUAGAAGGCCAAGAUUUGAACACACCAUUUGGUCCUUUAAAGACAACACAACUUUAUACUGCUCUAUUAUGUGUUAGUGUACCAUUAGGUUUCUUAGCAUCCCCAAUCUCCACUUUAAUGUGGUUAAUCGGUGCUUCCAUCGUCACUGUAUUUGGUCAUGCAGCAUUAUUGGAGAAACCAAUUGAAACUGUUUUCGAAGAAGAAACUGUUUAG